CCGCCCUCUUCCUCUUCUAGCCGGCUGCCUCACUUAUUGCUGUCGCCAUUGUCUCGGACGUUCCACUGCAGAACGCGGCUGUUUCUAACGUUCCAUCCGCCGAACAUCUCUUACGCCUGAACCAUGAGGGAGAUCGUGCACAUCCAGGCCGGCCAGUGCGGCAACCAGAUCGGCGCUAAGUUCUGGGAGGUGAUCAGUGACGAGCAUGGGAUUGACCCCACCGGCACCUACCACGGAGACAGUGAUCUGCAGCUUGACAGAAUCAGCGUCUACUACAAUGAGGCUACAGGUGGUAAAUAUGUGCCUCGAGCCAUCCUUGUUGAUCUGGAGCCAGGAACUAUGGACUCUGUGCGUUCAGGACCCUUUGGACAGAUUUUCAGGCCUGACAACUUUGUCUUUGGUCAAAGUGGUGCUGGCAACAACUGGGCAAAGGGCCAUUACACAGAAGGUGCUGAAUUGGUAGACUCUGUACUGGAUGUUGUGAGAAAAGAGGCAGAGAGCUGUGACUGCCUACAGGGCUUCCAGCUCACUCACUCUCUGGGUGGUGGAACAGGGUCUGGUAUGGGCACCCUUUUGAUAAGCAAGAUCCGGGAAGAAUAUCCUGACCGCAUCAUGAACACCUUUAGUGUUGUGCCCUCUCCAAAGGUGUCUGAUACAGUGGUAGAACCAUACAACGCAACUCUUUCUGUUCAUCAGCUAGUUGAGAACACAGAUGAAACCUAUUGCAUUGACAAUGAAGCACUCUAUGACAUCUGCUUCCGUACUCUCAAGCUUACCACGCCAACUUAUGGUGACCUCAAUCAUCUUGUAAGUGCUACAAUGAGUGGAGUCACUACCUGCCUCCGUUUCCCUGGCCAGUUAAAUGCUGAUCUCCGCAAACUGGCUGUCAAUAUGGUCCCCUUCCCACGUCUUCACUUUUUCAUGCCUGGGUUUGCUCCCCUAACCAGCAGAGGCAGUCAGCAGUACCGUGCACUGACAGUGCCUGAGCUCACGCAGCAGGUGUUCGAUGCCAAAAACAUGAUGGCAGCCUGUGAUCCACGCCAUGGCAGGUACCUUACAGUGGCAGCUGUAUUCCGUGGACGUAUGUCCAUGAAAGAAGUAGAUGAGCAGAUGCUUAACGUUCAGAACAAGAACAGCAGCUACUUUGUUGAAUGGAUUCCCAACAAUGUCAAGACAGCUGUAUGCGACAUACCACCCCGUGGCCUUAAGAUGGCAGUGACCUUCAUUGGUAACAGCACUGCUAUUCAGGAGCUGUUCAAACGUAUCUCCGAGCAGUUUACAGCCAUGUUCCGUCGCAAGGCUUUCUUGCAUUGGUACACAGGAGAAGGUAUGGAUGAGAUGGAAUUCACAGAAGCAGAGAGCAACAUGAAUGAUCUGGUCUCCGAGUAUCAGCAGUAUCAAGAUGCUACUGCUGAAGAAGAGGAAGAUUUCAAUGAAGAGGCUGAAGAAGAAGCUUAGACACUUCCUACGGUUGCUGAAGUUUCUCUUUUUCACGUUUCCUCCUCCAUUCUCAGGCUGAGAAAGAUCUGUACCGAAGAGUAGUAUUUGUUUUAUAUUCAUCUUUUUUUCUUAGUUGUUUUCGUUGUCUGUAUUUCACUUUUCUCUUCUAUUCCCCUUCUCUGUGUUCUGCUUGUCAGUAAAGAUAGGUUGUGGCUUAAUUGGGGUGAACAGUUUAAGCUCUUACAGUAGGUAUUUGGUCUCAGCAUGCAGUAAUCUGCCUUUUAAUUUGGGUUUUAGAUUUUAAGAGGGUUUUAAUAUCCAUUUUGAAUUCCAUCUUUCCUGGCCUAAUGACAUGGUCAUUCUUGUGGCUGGGUGCUGGUUUCUGCAGCUACUUUUAGGUUACAAAGGAAACCUGUAUUUAGUCCCAUGGGACUUGACAAAACCCUGGCAGAUUUUGCUUUUGCAGAUCACAUUUAAGUGACUGGUGGCCAUUUUUACAUUUUGUCUUAAGUUAUUACAAUGGAAAUGAUUUAGUAAGUUUUAAAAGAAAUGUAACUGCAACUCCCAUCAUAUUCCCAGAUUAAACGAAUCCAUAGAUAUGGUUCUGUUUUGCUCUUUGUGGAAAUCCUAAGUAUGUAAAAUACCUUACUUCCAAUUAGACAAUAUAAAAUUAUAUUGCGGUUUCAAUGUUUAUCAAAUGCACUUAAUGCCCAUUACUGAGAAAUCUAUUGUUUGGUUGAUUUGGUUCGCUAUAAGCUACAUAAAUUAUGAAGGCAAACUAUCUGUUGGGUAACUGGCAUGGUUCAUACUGCUUGCAGUUGUAUGUUAAAGGAGUGCUCUGCAUUUACUUACUUAACGGGAAAUGUGCAGAAUAAUGCUAAAGAACCUCACACAGUGAUAUAGGGAUUAUUCCUUGUUCUCCUCUUAAAUAUGCUCUUCAGAUUUUUUUUUUUUCUUCUCUUGUUCCCAAUCCAUUUAUUUUUAUUUUACUGUUGCUUUUUCAUAUUGAAAAGAAGUCAAGCCUGUGACAGAAAAAAAAUAAUAAAACCCCUUUUUUUAACAUUG